GAUAUCCCAUUUCUUCAUAAGCAUUUAUCCAUAUGGCAUCAAAAGUUGAAGUGCAAAAGCCAUCAAUGGAGGGUCUCCAACGAACCAUAUCCGACAUCUCCUCGGAGCUGACUAAAGAAGGUCUUGCAGUUGUCGGAAACCUGCCGCUGCCGACCAUCUCCGAGGUGGAGGCCGCCGCUUGCGAGUGUUGCGGCCUCUCUGAGGACUGCACGGCGGAGUACAUCGGUCAUGUCCGAGACAAGUUCAUGGGAAAGCUUAUUUGCGGCCUCUGCGCCGAGGCCGUAAACGAGGAGAUGGAAAAGAGUUGGACAAGAGAGGAGGCAUUGAAGGAGCACAUGAACGCUUGUGCAAAGUUCAAUAAGAUCGGAAGGGCAUAUCCGGUGCUAUAUCAAGCGGAAGCCAUUAAACAGAUUCUCAAGAAAACCUCCAAGUCCGCCGUCUCCGCCCACCGAAACGGCAGGAUUGGCCGGACCUCCAGUUGCAUUCCGGCCAUCACCAGAGACGUCUGUGAUAAUCCAACCAUGGUCAAAUGAUAGACUUAAUUAUAUUUAUAAUACCAAAAUAUGUAUAUUGCUUUGUUACCUGUUUGGAGAAACUCUUUAUUAAUUAAUCAUCCUGUCUUUAAAUCAUUCCCUUACUUUUUUUUUCUUUUUUGGGGUAUGUGUGUAAUAUAUAUGUGUAAUUAGUUGUAAGAUGAAUAAAAAAUUUUAGAUAUAUUAA